AUGCAUCUGAUCCAGAGCCUCGCGUGGGCUCUCCCACUGGCACUGCCGUUUGCGGCUGCCGCUAUUGAGGAUGUCGGCGACAAGCCCCGCCGGCUCGAGUAUACCAUCACUUGGGAGAAGGGGUCCCCGGAUGGCUUCGAGCGUGAGAUGGCCUUCAUCAACGGAAAGUUUCCCGGGCCGGUCAUUGAGGCAAACCAGGGGGACAACAUGGAGAUCGUCUUUACCAAUCAGAUGCCUUGGAACACAACCAUCCACUUCCAUGGCAUUGAGCAAAGAGGUACCCCGUGGUCGGAUGGCGUACCGGGCCUCACGCAGCGGUACAUUAUGCCCGGCCAGAACUUCACCUACAGGUGGAAGGCAUCACAAUACGGCAGUUAUUGGUACCACGCCCACGCCAGAGGCCAGAUCGACGAUGGCUUGUACGGUGGCAUCCUCAUCCACCCAAGCAACAACACGCAGGACUCGCUCAGCCUGAUUGCCCGCAACGCUUCGCAGCUCAGUGAGAUGCGGGCUGCCGUGCGCAGGGUUCAGCCCAUCAUUCUGUCCGACUGGCGACAUGUCAAAUCCAUGGACGGAUGGCAAAUAAACCUCGACUCCAAGCUCGAGACGCCCUGUUACGAUUCUCUCCUCGUCAACGGCAAGGGCCAAGUCAACUGUUGGUCUCGGCAAAAGAUUAACCAACUUACAAACGCUAUCCAAAGGCGAUUCCUGCAGAAUGCCAAUCUCCAGCAGAUGACCGACAAGGGAUGCCUCCCAGCCAGAGCUGUCCAGCAGACCUUUGCUCGAGGCAUGCCUGGAAACAUCUCGGCCAUUCCCAGUCACAUCUUUGAUGUCUGCACAUCAACCCAGGGUCAACAGGAUGUCAUCAAAGUCAAACAGGUCGCAGGCGCAAGCGAGUACUGGCAAGCCUUUGACAUCAUCGGCACCUUUGGUCUAGUCACCGCCACCGUCUCGAUGGACGAGCACCCCAUGUACGUGUAUGCCGUCGAUGGUGGCUACAUCCAGCCGCAACUGGUGCAAGCCAUCUCCGUCAGCAACGCCGACCGCUACUCGGUCCUGGUCAAGGUCGACAGGCCCGGUGACUACACGCUACGCGUUGCCUCCAGCUCCAUCAUCCAGAUGGUGGCUGCGACUGCCACCAUCCGCAUCAUUGGGGCCAACUCGGCCGAGACCGUCGACAACUCCGGCAGCGGAAUCACGCCCACGUCGGUCAAGGGCCGUUCCCUCAUCCCCUCCAAGGUCCGCCGCCAGCAGGGCGGAGCCAGCUCGACGCCUUACAUCAACGACGUCGGACAGGCCACGGCGCAGGGCGUGACUUUCUUCAGCCAGAACAACCAGCGCCAGUACCCCGCCGACCCGCCAGGACAGACGGUAGCCCAAACCUUCAAGAUGCAGCUCCGACACGACGGCAGCGCUUACAAGUGGGCGCUCAACGAGACCGUCUACCCGGUGACGGCUGACGACGCGGAGCCGCUGUUGUUCAGACCGGCGGCCAACCGCGACGACGGCACCACGCUCACCACAAAGAACAACACGUGGGUCGACCUGAUCUUCGAGUCAUCCAUGUUCCCGACCCCUCCCCACCCGGUCCACAAGCACGGCACGCACAUGUACCUCAUCGGCUCGGGCCAGGGCAACUUCACCUGGAACACGAUCGCCGAGGCCGCGCGCGCCAACCCCGGCCGCUUCAACCUGCAGAACCCGCCCAAGCGCGACUCGUUCCAGAGCGUGCCUGCCGUCGUCCAGCCCAGCUGGAUCGCCGUCCGGUACUUCUCGUCCGACCCGGGCCCAUGGCUGAUGCACUGCCACAUCCAGUCCCACCUCGAGGGCGGCAUGGCCGUUGUGGUCAAAGACGCGCCAGAGCUGUGGCCAUCGGUGCCAGCAGAGUAUAGCAGCUACAAUCAAUAG